AUGAGAUUGAGCAUCCGCCCAGAAAUCACCCGGGUCGGGAACGUGCAGCUACGCGAGAUGUCUUCUGUCUCGGAACUGGACGCAGGCGGUCAAGACACAUCGGGUGAUAGCACGGCUAACACCUCUGUCAAUCAGGAGAACAUUGUCAUCACUCCAGAUUCAAUCGAAAGCAUCGAGCGCAAUCUGGCAAUCGUAGUUCCCUGCAUGGAUGAAGAUAUCACAGUUCUCGAAGGCCUUCUUCGUGGUAUUCCACAUCAUUGUUCUGUCAUCUUCAUCUCGAACAGCAACCAGACAAACUACAAGGCGGAGUGCGAGUCGCUGCUCAAAUUCGGAAAGGUUGCAAGCCGAUCUGUUAUGGUACAUCAUCAAGGUGAGUCAACCUUCGCCCGCGCCUUCAAGGAAGCCGGAAUGCCAGAGCUGUUGCAACACCCAGGAACAAGUACGCCCGAGGGGAAAACACAUGUUCCACGCAUGAACAACGGAAAAGGAGAGGCUAUGAUACUCGGUGUGAUCAUCACGAAGCUUGUUGGACGUAAGUUCGUCGGCUUCAUUGAUGCUGACAACCGGAUUCCCGGAUCCGUCCUCGAGUACUGCAAAGUAUACGCCGCUGGGUUACAUUGGGCAUCGUAUCACAACAGAGAUACCGGACAAAAUCAGCAUGCCAUGGUGCGUAUCAAAUGGAAGUCAAAGCCAAAAGUCAGGAACGGCGAGCUCGAGUUUGAAGAGUUUGGACGCUCCUCGCGUGUCGUGAACGAAUGGAUGAACCGCCUUCUGAAAGUCCUCGGAGGUGACGCUACCCCAAGAACCAUGAUCGGAACCGGUAACGCCGGUGAACACGCUAUGGAUGUUGAGCUGGCCCUGAAGCUACGAUUCGCUACUGGUUAUGCUGUCGAGCCAUUCCAGCUGAUCGACUUGUGGGAACGCUUUGGAGUUUCAAACCGCCCGUCCUCAAGACCAGUGCACAUCUUGCAGAUCGAAACAUGCAAUCCACAUAUAUACAGUGCUAACCGACUAGAUGGACAUAUCCCACGCAUGCAGGCUCAAGGCCUGAGCACGAUAUACCACUCACGGCUUACACCCUCGCGUCUCAAAGACGAACUUCGAGUGUACAUGAAAGACAACUUGGCCACCGUGGUAGAUAGUACUGGAGAACCCGAGCCACCUCGCAUAUACCGCGCACUCGGUUCCUUAGAUUGGAAGAUAUUCGCAAAGAUUGGGUUGGGAAAGCAAGAUCGUUAUAGGGACAAGGCCAGACCCUAA